GCAGACGGCAGCGGUUCAGCGGAAACACAGUCAGUCUGUGAAAGUCCCGUUUGCGCUCGCUUCGUCUCAGACGCUCGGGGUUUCCGGUUGGACUAGGCUCGUGCCAGACAAGCUCUCGGUGGAUAAUAGUAAGAAUAAUAAUAAUUUAAAAAAAAAAAAAAAAAAAAAAAAAAAAAAAAAAAAAAAAGAAUGUGUGAGUGUUUAAUGUGCGCGCGCGCGCCGCGGUCUGCUGAGCCGCUCCGGUCCCGUUGAUCUAUGGAGGGCGCGAGCACCGAGCCAAAUCCGCUACCCGAGACCCCGCUGUGUGAGACAUGGUGACAGAUGAACAUCGCGGGAAGGACCAUGGCUGAGCGGGCCAGCAAAUUCGUGCUGAUCGUCGUUGGCUCCGUGUUCUUCAUGCUCAUUCUGUACCAGUACGUAGCGCCCGGUGCGAUCAACUUCGGCUCUCCGGCGCAUGGCUACCUCACCGAGGAGGACAUGACCAUCUUCCCCACGCCGGAUCCGCACUAUGUGAAAAAGUACUACUUCCCGGUGAGGGACUUGGAGCGCAGCGUGGACUUCGAGAUCAAGGGCGAGGACGUGAUCGUGUUCCUGCACAUCCAGAAGACAGGCGGCACUACAUUCGGACGGCAUCUGGUCCAAAACGUGCGGCUGGAGGUGCCGUGCGACUGCAGGCCGGGCCAGAAAAAGUGCACGUGCUACCGACCGAACCGCAAGGAGACGUGGCUCUUCUCGCGCUUCUCUACCGGCUGGAGCUGCGGCUUGCACGCGGACUGGACCGAGCUGACCAACUGCGUGCCCGGAGUCCUCAACAGGAAGGAGAGCAAGACAAAGAAACUGAGGAAGUUCUACUAUAUCACUCUUCUUCGGGACCCAGUGUCAAGAUAUCUAAGUGAAUGGCGCCAUGUGCAACGAGGUGCCACAUGGAAGACGUCACUGCACAUGUGUGACGGCCGCACGCCCACACCCGAGGAGCUACCCACCUGUUACGAUGGCGCGGACUGGUCAGGCUGCACCCUCCAGCAGUUCAUGGAGUGCCCAUACAACCUGGCCAACAACCGGCAGGUGCGCAUGUUGGCUGAUCUGAGUCUGGUAGGUUGCUACAAUGCAUCCACGCUGCCUGAGAAGCAGCGAGCCCGUCUCCUUCUCGAGUCAGCUAAGAAGAACCUGCGUGACAUGGCCUUCUUCGGACUCACGGAGUUCCAGCGCAAAACACAGUACCUAUUUGAGCGCACCUUCCGUCUCCGCUUCAUCCGGCCGUUUGUACAGUACAAUAGUACGCGUGCUGCCGGUGUUGACCUGGACGAGAGCACCGUGCAACGCAUUGAGGAGCUCAAUGAGCUUGACAUGCAACUCUAUGACUACGCAAAAGACCUGUUCCUUCAGAGGUACCAGUACACUCACAUGCUGGAGAGGCGUGAGCAAAGAAUGAUGCUCCGAAAUAGAGUCUCUUUCCACAGCCUGGCACGGGAGGAGGGUGCAGGGGGAGAGGGCACUGCUCGGCUGCCCACUGAGGACUACAUGAACCAGAUUGUUAGUGGAUGGUAGCCCAGGAGAUCUCUCUUUAAAAAGAAAGAGAGACACAAAGACAAAUAAUGGGUGGAGAAUCCAUCUUUUCUCUAACUUAUGGAGAAAUAAAGUGGUUAUCAUGGACUCUUUUCCCCAGGAAUCUUUAAAGAGUAAGAUGCACAGGAAAACAGGCAAAGAUAGUGAGUGGCGGACGUGGCCUUUUCCGAGAGAAGGGAUCAUUAUGGGCAUUCUCUCUCUCUUUUCCCCAGGAAUCUUUAAAGAGAGAGGUGCAUAAUGAGAGAACUGAGAAAUGGUGGGUGAAAGAACCAUUUCUAUUUCAGCUCAUGUAGAAAGAUAGGGAUCAUUAUGGACCCUUUCUCUCGUUUCUCCCAGAAAUCUUUGAAAAGACAUGCAGGGGCAGAGAAAUGGCAAAGAUCAUGGGUAGAGGAGUCAUCAUAGACAGAGAGCGAUCAUUGCAAGCCCUCGGUCAUUUCUCCACAAAUAAGGUGUAGUUUGGGCCAGACCUACAAGAGAUAGUAGUUAUUGAGGUGACUAGGGAUUUAGAGUGCACCUUUCCGGAUGGGUGAGCACAUAUCCCCAUCCCCUCCAUAAAGCCCAGGCCUAAAUGACAAAUUGUAAAUGCUUAAUACAAUUCAACCAGUAAAGCGUUGUUUCAAUUAGCUGCAACAAAAUUCUACAAAGCUUAGUUUUGUAUACGAACGAAAAAAAAAAUGUGAAUAAAAUCACUUGUCUUAGAAAAGUCAUCCAAAUAUUGGGAAUAUUCAGAAUGUUUUAUAUUCUGUGUAUAAAUCUUAAGUUUCUCCUUUUUUUUUAUGGUAAACUGAUGUGAAGUGCAGAGACUGGAAAUUUCCACAUGAGAUUAUUACUAACAGACGCUGUGAUUCAGUUUGUUUUAAGAGAGAUAUAUGUUAAUAUAUAAUGCAGACAUGGCCUUGUUU